AACGAGCAACGAAAAAGUUUUCAAAUACAAAAAAAAAAGGGAAAGGGAAAACUAUUUUGAAAUUUUUAUUAAUUUCUUGCUUCAUGUUUAUUUUUCGUUGAUUUUCUGCGUCAAAAACGCAAUUUAAAAAACAGCCACAUAAGCGAACAACUAACACAAAUAUUGUCAUUUUUCUAACACAUCUCGGAAUACUAAAACAUAGCUCGUCGUGUGUGGAUCAAGAGGCAAGACCACGGUUUUGUGUGUUUGCUAAGAGUUAUAGAGGCAGAAGAAAUCAAAUAUUAAUCUGCAGUGAAGUCAAGACAAGGAGUUAGCGGAAAAUGGAGGUUGCAUUCGAUAACGUUUGGGGUUCAGAACUCUCGGCUAGUGAGUUGAAAAUGUUUAUAAAGAAAUUAACGUCCGAACAAAGAGUGAGAUUGCGAGCCCAAAGGAAGGAGAGUCAAUUGAUAAGAGCACGUGCCAAGCAGAGAAGAUUUGUUUAUGUUGUUAAUCCAGCUGAAUUACCACGUGUGGCAUUUGGUUCUAGUAUGGAUAGGGUUACCCUACCUCUAAAGGGGCCAUGUUUAACUUCGUUUAUGCGGCAACAUCAGGGAGAUGUGUUUCUAAGUCCUUCCCCUACAAAAUAUGUGGAUGAGAAGAAUCAUAUGCAACUGAAGUGGCCUUCUAAAUUGGGCCAUUCAGCGUUUGUAAGUAAAAAUCCACGAUUCUUAGCUCCAACAAAUGCCAAUUUUCCUUGUGUGGGAAGCUAUGAUGUGGCCCCCUUAAGAAAAGCUCAGAAACCCUUCAAUGUGGGUGAACAAAGGAAGGAUAAGGAGAAAUUUUUGACACCAGCCCCCUCCACAUAUCCUCAUCAUGUGGCUCGACCACAGCUUAAAUUGUCUACCGCCUUUGGCAGCAAACGUAACAUUGUACCCAAAGUCAUUGUUUUGUGUUCACCCUUCAAUGUGGCCAAGUGCCACAAGUGUGACCAGACACCUUUGGGUGAUUAUUGGCGUGAUUUCAACACUGAAUUGGAUCUAUGUCGCCCAUGCAUGCACAAAAUGGAACUAGAACUAAAAAAUUGCGCCACCACUGAAUUGCAGCGUAGGCGUCUACGCCGCGAUUUCGCUGACUAUAAAGUGGUGCGUUAUUGCGAUUUCUAUCAUGAUCAUGGAGGAACAGCUGCCGCUGUUCAAGUUAUGCCCACCCGGAUUUUUAAAAUGAAAACCCAAAAGGAAAAUUAUUUUUCUUUGUAUAUGUAAUGUAAAUUGUUGUAAAAUUUAAAAUUUCGAGUUAAAGGAAACUUGUA